CAUACAUCAAACCAAAUUUUAACUACUUAUAAUGACAAGUUGUAUACUUUUGAAUUUGAUAAUAAAAUGAAGCCGAACCAUAGUGACAAUGAUAAUGUUGAUGAUGUGAUUCAUUAGUGCUUCUGAAUUAAAAAUACACAGUACAAUGAAUAAAUUAAUUCAGACGAAUCCCAAUUAAUUUUACUAAUUCACUUGAUAUUUUGUGAAAAUUCACAUUGAAAGUGAAAGAUACAUUGACUCACAUUUAUUACCAGUUCAUACAGCAUACACAAUAUCAUCAUCUCAGUGAACAAUAUUGAAAUGUUAUUGUCAAGUGAAUCUUGGACUAAAGUAUUCAUCCUGUGCAAUUGUAGUUUUGUAGUGUUCGGUGUUGUUCUGUUAGCACUCGGAAUUCAACCACAAAUCACAUUAAAUCAAUUCAGAACUAUACUACAAAAUGCGAAACCAGAGAUCUUCCUGGUUGUCAGUAUCUCAGGAGGUCUCGGUGUACUAGGAUCAUUUGUUGGCAUUUAUGGACACUCGAAGAAACAGAAAGUGAUCAUAUAUAUGAACAUUGUCGUUUUGUUUAUCGUGACUUGUAUGUGGAUCGGUAUGGCAUUUAAAGUAGCUUUAACGGAAGACAGGUUCCCUCAGUUAGCUGACAGCUCACUAAGUUCUACUGUUAAAGAAUAUGAUAAACGAGUUUAUUAUCGAAUGGAGUUUGAUCAAUUACAAAAGAGUUUUUUCUGCUGUGGAGCGUCAUCGUACAAAGACUAUCCAAUUAUUGAAAGAGUGCUAAAAACACCUGUUUCAUGUAUGUACAGUAAACUCGAAUUUCCCAGAUAUGUGAAUUAAGAAUCGCUGUUUGUUAUACAAAAUCAAGUAUUAUCGUUAAUGUUGGGGCUGACUAAUAUGAAUCACUUCAUAAGUGAAAUGAAAUUGUGCAAUAAAUAAUUUCAGACGAGGUUUUGUUGAGAUUUUAGUAAUCUCAAUAGUGGAUUGGUUAGACAUUAACACCGUUGAAUGCCGGCCGGCUCAGAUGUCUAUUGAUUAAGCGCUCGCUCGCGAGAUUGAUAGGUCCUGGGUUGAAAAUAUUACUUUUGAAAUUGAAGAAUAUUUGAGAGAACAAUUGCUUACAAUAACUUCAUCAUCAGACUCUACAGUUAUAAGUUCAUGAUUAUAAUAUUUUACAAAGGCCAAAAUAAGGCAUAUAUUAAUCAGUUUGACAAUGUUAUUACUUUUGGAUGCAUUGCUCUGGCUUUUCGAUCCGAAUAGCAAUUGCUUCAGCCGUCUGUAGGAUUCUCAGUCUGACGGAAUUAUGUAAACUACUGUUAACACGAUAUAUUAUCGCGAAAGAUUGCUUUAUGUUGGCUCUAUGUCUCGUCUGGACUAGAUGGUCUAAAAUGGAGCUGUUAACCGUUUUGACUACACCUUUGCUUAAGCACACGUGGAGAUGCUCACGAGGCCGAAUGUACAAAUUUUUAGAACAUCUGACAAUAUAAAUUGCUCCACAGGAGCAGUUGAAUUGAUGGAUACAGAAAGAGGUUGCUAAUCUAGGCAAAUUAUCUUUCAAUCUCGGAGUGAUUGUUGGACGUGUGGGAAACAUUACUUGUAGUUUACCUGAAUUAAAAGUCUUUUGAAUUGAUCUGCUUAACUUCAGUCUUACCAUUUCACUCGGUGCAUCGCCUCUGAAUUGUAAGCGCAUAUAUGGAGGGUUUAAAUUUACAGUUAGGCAUUUUCUAUGCUGUCGUCUAUUGGUUAUGUUUUCUAUUAAUAAAUUUCUCAAGAUAGUCAUUUUCCUUCAGGGUUUUGUAUAAUGCCUUGUUUCAUUAUCAGUCGUAACCGGAGAGCAUAUAUUCUUGAUUCUAUGAUGAAGUGUCUUAAUAAGUUCCUUUUUGUGUUGGAGAGGAACGAUAUUAAGAAAGUUUGUAUAUUGAUCCGUCGAGGUAAUUUUCCUGUUUACGUUUCUUCUUAGCGAACCGUCUUUCCUCCUUGUAAAUAGAAUAUCUAGUAGGCCUGUUCUACCCCUACUUCCUUUCUCCUAUGUGAAUUUUCGCUUAUAAACUGAGUCAUGUUCACAACUUCAUAUUAGUCAGCCCCAACAUUAACGAUCAUAUUUGAUUUUGCAUCACAAACAACAAUUCUUGAUUCAUAUAUUACACUUUCCAAAUGAUGAUGUACUCUGACUUAAAUCUGGCCAAAUUUAUGGAUUAUUAAUUUGGAUAUGAGAUAAUUGCAGAACCCGAUGAGAAAUUAUUGAAAGGAAUAUUCUUCAUUCAUACAAUUGUGUUGUAAUAUAAUGGGAAUUUUUCAAUGACAUUAAAUCCAAUGAAGUUUUUGUCACUACUAACACUUCAAUACCUCUCAUCAGCACACUAUAACUCAGUCAUAUUAGUAAGUGGCUAGUGGUAAAAUCAAAACCAUUAACUCAAACUCAAUAAACUGCUCUACCGACACAACAAUAGAUUGUUCUCUGUGACAAGACAGUUCUGCAUUGUUCUCAGUCUUAUUCUCAUUCACAACAACAUCACAGUCUAAUCACUUUCACUACGCUUCACAUUUCAAUUAUCCAUGUAGAUUUAUUGGAUGAAUGAUAAACAUUUCAUUGUAAUUCUCUAUUCACUUUUUCUCAUCAUUUCAUCAAAGGGAUGUGUAUCAGCGAUAAUUGAAUAUACACAAACUUAUCUAAAUAUCAUCAUGUAUCUAUGUUUCACAUUCGGGAUUAUUCAAGCGGUCUACUUGAUAUUGUCGUUUCUGAGAAUACGUAAAUUUGAAGGUGACGAUUUUCUAUCUGCAUAAUUGUCUUAUUGAGAACAAAUGUUGAGAAGAUAUUCAAUGGAACCGAAUGUCAAUCAAACAACCGAAUCAUUGACUAUUCAUUACUCAUUCUAUUGUCAUUUGAUCUUACUUAUUUGUACACCAUUAUACACUAUUCUUAUCAAUUGAAUAAUGAAUUUCUUCAUUAUUUUCUUUGUUUAAAUCAACUUGUUACUGGGAGGUGUUUCG